AUUAAUUGGCAAAAACGGCAUAAAUGAUAGCAAAUUAAGCGGGUCUCCACAUAAAGAAAUCGCUUGAAAAAAGAAAAACAAGUUUGAAGCCGCAACAACAACAAAUCAUCGAAACUAAUAAUGCAAUUGAAAUCCAUACAAAGUGCAUAAAAAAUUGUGUAUGAAAAAUUAAAUAAGCAAAUAGAAACAAAUUGAAAUCAAAUCAAACAAGGCAUUCAACAAGGCGCAAAAGUCUUCGAGAGCUCAACGGCAAAUUCUCUCUCCGUCUCUGUCUGUGGCUGUGUGUGUGGACAAGGAAGCUCGUGUUUGAAGCGCUUUUUAUGCCACAGUCAUGAAGUUGUCGUUGCCUCGCGCCUGAUUACCACCCAACCAGCCAGCCAGCAGCAGUCCCUUAAAGCCUUAAACCAACAACAUGUUCAGUCUGUUAAGCAGCUCACAAAUCUAUGGCCUGCCCCAAACAACGACUACCACAACAACAACAACGACGACGACGUCGGAGCAAACAACAUCCCCGGAUGAGAGCAGUGGCCAAAAGAAGAGCAACAGUCUGCCCCAUAAGAAUCACAAGCCUCAACAAACAGCAGCCGCGCAUCGUCGAUCGACGAGCAGCCUUAGUGAUACGGGCGGCAAGUUCUUUGCCAAUCUAAGCUCCAAGUCUCCUAGCCAAUUCAUAGAGAAGUUCAUCAGAAGUGAAUUGCUCAACGGAUACGAUACGCUCAAGUGUCAGGCCGGCGGCGGUAAGAGCCCAGCUGAUAAGGAUAAAUCAUCGGCAGAGAACAGUCCUCUCUAUAGUAAUCUGCAGACGGAUUGGGGCAGCUUCAAUUGCCUGCAGGGCAGCUAUCGCAGUCACGGCGACGGCGAGUUCUAUGAGGCUGUGCAGAUCAAGACACCCAGCCCCACUACCACCAACAACAACAACAGCGAAGUGAAUAUGCGUUCCAAGGCGCCAACGGGCGAGGCUACGCUGCAACAUUAUCAGAAGCUGCCGGAGCCCAGCUUAGAGUCGCAUUAUAAUACCCAGGCAGCUGGACAUACGCCUGCUUAUAAGAAACUCGGAUUCGGUUCAAGGCUGCAAAAGCAGAGUGCAGAGCAUAACUCAGACAACUCGCAAUCCUCAAGAAACACACACGGUGGCAGCAGCAGCAGCAGCGAAGUGCAGCGCAGCUCCUCUGGAUCGAGUUCGUCAGGUGCACCGACGGCAGCAACGUCGGCCAACUCACCUGAGCGCCUACAGCGUCGCCGACUAUUGCAAAUGAUCUCUAACUAUGAUCAGCAGAACAAGCAACUGCAUCGUGAACUGGCCAAGGAGAAGCGCCGUCGCACUGAGGAGCUGGCCUGCGUCGUCAAAUCCCUGAUCUGCUUCGAGUCGAAGCUAAAGAACGACAUGAAGACAGUCAAUUUGCGUCUAUUGGAUCGAGAUGCUGAGAUUUGUCGCCUCUUGCGACAGAAUCGUGCGCUGCGCAAGCGUCUGGUCGAUCAUCAGCGCGACGAGGGCAUGGUCGACGACCAGGAGACAAAUGCGGAUGAGGAGGCGCAUGUGGAGGAAUGCCUGGUGCUCGAAGCUUUGCAAUGCAACAAUUGCCGCAAGCAAUUCUAUGACAUUGAGCUGAGAGCCAGCGGCACACAGACCUGUGGCAAGGAACUCGGCGUCAGCGCCAAAGCUGAGCACGGCUCUUCCAGCGAUGACACGGUCUCAUCGUCGUUUUAUGGCGCCAGGCGCAGUGUGCGCUAUACAAGCAAGCGCACAGCGGGCACGUUUAGGGACUAUAUGCGCUCCCGGGCAAUGCACAUCGAUGACGCGGCACUGGAGCAACAGUCGGAGGAGAAUACUAGCAGCAUUAGUCGCGAGGAUUCGCAGACCAGUUACGAGCAGCUGCACAACUAUGCCAGGGCCAUGGAGCGUAUGCAUGGAGUGAAGUCAACGCUACAGGAUGGCGACUACUCCGAGCACAGCAGCCUGGAACUGGAGCAGCAGCAGCAACGUCGACGCAACAGCUCAGCCUCCAGUCGCAGCAGCAAGACCGCCUCUUCGGUAGCUGCACAGCUGGAGGAGGAUGAUGGUAUCUUUUCGCCCACUCAGGACGAUGAAGAUUUCGAUGAACUGGAUCCGGAACAGGAGCAGCAACUCAUGUCACGUGGCGCUAUCAAAAUUGUACAGCGACGCUGUGCCGACUUCUCAGAGGCAUCGCCGAAACAAAUCUAUGAGACGACCACAGAUGAUUGGUAUGCCAGCGCCUCGGAUCAGGAGGAGCUAAGCACAGCGCCUGUGGUGGCUAAAUCGUAUGGCCAUGGCGCUGUCAAUCCCGUGCUCGAGUGUGUCAAUCAAAUAUUGCUGCAACAGUCUAUGGAGGAGACACUACGCGAACCAACCACCCCGAAAUCCGCGCUAGCGCCCAAGGCAAAAUCCAAUUUGCCGCGUCGCAGCUCGCUGAGUGGCCGCAGCGGCACAAACGGACGCAAGCGUGUGCACUUCUCCACGAAGAACAGCAUGGUGCACGUGCCACGGCACGACGAUGACGAGGAGCAACACAAUAACAACGAAUUGAUCUCACACUAUCAUCCCAUGGCAGAAGCCGCUGCCGCUCCGCCGGGCGAUACACUCAACUACGAGAGCAUCUACAGCAAUGAGUACGAGCCCAUUGGCUCUGAGCGCGCUUCCAAUCUCUAUGUGGACAUGGCAGCGGCGGCGGCUGAUGCCAGUGUUGCCAGCACUAAGACGCCGCAGAAAUUGCCACCUGCGUUGCCGCCGAAGCCAGCAAAUUUGCUGAAAUUCAAGAAGUCACUGCAGCAGCUCGAGGAACACCUGGAUGAGGAUGAGGGUGAUUGUGCGGUAUCCACGACAACGACGAGCGAACCGGACUACUGUUCCAUAGCCGAGGUGGGCGUGACGAGCGUACAAAUUGUGGCCGAUGUGCACAAUGUACCAGAAUCGAGCACGCCCACUGAACCAGAAGCGGAACGGGAACGUGAACGUCAAUGUGAACAGCAACUGAAUCACAACAGCUCCGACGAUGAUGCCUGCUCAGCGGCCGCCUCGCACAAGACUGAGGAAAUCGAAGAGAUUUUCGCCGACAUACCAAAGCUACCCAAUGUGGCGGCCAUUAUAGCGCCCAAGCAGUCCGCUGACUAUAUGCUAAUGGCGCCCAAGACGCUGCGCCUACAGCUGCCGCCCACCAAUACACAGACCAUGCCCGCCCAGUACAAGCGCAAGCAUGUGCCCAACAUUCUGGCCGAGAUCAACAAACGCAUGAGUUUGCCCAGUUCGCCAACCACGCCCACAACGCCCAAAAGCUUGCCCACAACGCCAACAUCGAAAUCGCUGCUACAGCUGGCAGAUGCGAGCAGCGGCCUGCCCCUGCAGGCCGAGUUCGAUUGGUAUAAUCUGGAUGCGGAGUACGAUAGAAGCAAUGAGGCGCCAAAGGGUUCGCAGAGCGAGGGCAUGCUGGAGGAAAUUAGUGAGGAUAAUGAAUGCCUGAUCACAACAGCUGAUGAAUAUAAUCUUGACGAGGAGUUUCAGCUGCAGCCCGAGCCGGAGGAUCAUCAUGAGCAGCAAAUGAUGCAGCAGAAUGACGACGAGGAGGAGAAACAGGACCAGCCCAUAAAACCGGAGCCUGCCAAGGUUAAGCAAAUGAAAAAGAAUUUAGCCAGCUUCGAGAAAUUCAUUGAGGGUUCAGGACUGAGCACCAAACCCUUGCCGAGCAAACGAAAGAUUUACUUUAAUGCGCCGUUCGUUUAGAUCGCCAGUUCCCUAGAUAUACCAAUACCGAUAGAUAUAUACAUAUGUUUGUGUAUAGGUAUAUCAACCAAUACUAUAUUAUGUUUACAACGAAUUUAAGUAUAAUAUAUUGUGUGCUUAGUUUUUUAUGUGUUCCGUCUUUUUGUUUAGUUCUUA